AUGGUUCGACGUCUUUUCGGUGGCUUGAUGGCGUUGCUGAAGAUGUGUGGUGGUCACAACGGUUCUAAGGGAGAGGUUUCCGAUGAAGACGGCGGAGACGGUGGAGACCGUGGUAUCUUCUUCGAUCUCCAAGAACUUGAAAUCGCGACUGAGUUAUUCUCCGAGAAGAAUCGGCUCGGACACGGCGGGUUUGGUCCUGUCUACAAGGGAUUGAUGCCAAAUGGUGAAGAAAUAGCUGUUAAGAAACUGUCGGUGAAUUCUAGACAAGGGUCGAGAGAAUUUACGAACGAGGUUAAGCUCUUGCUCCGGAUUCAACAUAAGAACUUGGUUUCUUUGCUUGGUUGUUGCUUCCAUGGUCCAGAGAAGAUCCUGGUUUACGAGUAUCUCCCUAACCGGAGUCUCGACUAUUUUCUCUUCGAUAAGAUCAAUCCCGGUUUACUUGAUUGGUACAAUCGAUGGCGAAUAAUAGUAGGAGUGGCAAGAGGACUGUUAUAUCUACACGAAGAAGCUCCGAUUCGGAUUAUCCACAGAGAUAUAAAAGCUAGUAACAUUCUUUUAGACAAUGAUUUGAACCCGAAAAUCUCGGAUUUCGGUUUGGCCCGGUUAUUUCCGGGCGAUGGCACUCAUACUAAUACCUUUAGAAUCUCUGGUACUUAUGGUUAUAUGGCUCCUGAAUAUGCAUUGCACGGCCUUUUAUCGGUUAAGUCAGAUGUUUUUAGCUUUGGAGUUUUGGUUUUGGAGAUAGUUAGCGGAAGAAAGAACCAAAAUUCUCGUCUUGGACCGGAAAUGGCCGAUCUCUUGAGCUAUGCGUGGAAAAUGUACCAAGAAGGCAAAAUUCUGGAAUUGGUGGAUCAAUCUCUAGCAGGAGCAUACAACCGCGACGAAGCAGCCACAUGUCUCAUUAUAGGAUUACUAUGUUGCCAGCAAAUCACAUCAAACAGACCGGAUAUGAACUCAAUCCAUCAAAUGUUGUCGAGCGAUUCAUUCGAUUUGCCUAGACCGGGUCGUCCAGGGCUCCAAGGUCGUAGAGGAGGAGGGUAUACAAGUACCGGAACCGGUACAGUAGUCGGUUCAAAAAGUUUUGGAUUAACCGGGAGCGAACAAAACAGUUUUAAAAGUAGAAGUGGAGGAGGAUCCAGAGCUUCUAGACAGAACAGCAUCAUUGAGGAAUACUCGAGGAAUUCCAUUUCCAUGUCUUCCUUCGCCGAAGGAAGAUGA